GGCGUCAUCGCAGGUCCUUUAUCCUACAGGCACCCAGCACUGCGCGUCCAAUCAGGCGGCGGUGAGCGGACGGUGCGGAGAGCAGAGCCGGUAACUUCUUGUACCCAGCCGUCCAUAGAGCUGACAGGGCGGAGCGGCCGGACCAUGGAGCUGGAGAACAAAGUGAAGAAGUUGACACUGGGCCAUGAAGAAGGGUCUGGAGCUCCUUGCUUCAAAUGUAAAGACAAAUGUGAGGGAUUUGAACUGCACUUUUGGAGGAAAAUAUGUCGAAAUUGCAAAUGUGGACAAGAAGAACAUGAUGUUCCUUCAAACAACGAAGAUGAUCGUAAAGUUGGCAAGCUGUUUGAAGAUACAAAGUACACUGCUCUGGUUGCAAAGCUGAAAACAGAUGGCAUUCCCACUUACAAAAGGAAUGUAAUGAUCUUGACGAGCCCGAUCUCGGCAAAGAAAGAUGUGUCCAUCAACACUGUGACCUAUGAAUGGGCACCACCAGUGCAGAACCAAACUCUAGCCAGGCGUUACAUGGAACUCAUCCCAAAAGAGAAGCAGCCUGUAGCUGGUUCAGAGGGAGCCCAGUACAGGAAGAAGCAGUUGGCGAAGCAGCUGCCUGCUCAUGACCAGGAUCCUUCCAAGUGUCAUGAGCUGUCUCCUAACGAAGUGAAGCAGAUGGAGCAGUUUGUGAAGAAAUACAAAAAUGAUGUCCUUGGUGUUGGAGAUAUCAAGCUGCCCAAAGAAGUGGGUGCACAGGGGGGUGAAACUGCUAAGCCGGACAGUGGAAAUCGAAGCACGCUUACUACUGUAAAGAAUGUAGAAGACAAGGCAGCAGCACCAUCGGGAUCAGUUUAUUACUGCUUCCGUUGCAAGGAGAACAUGAAGGAGGGUGAUCCCGCAGUGUAUGCAGAACGGGCCGGCUACGACAAGCUGUGGCAUCCUUCUUGCUUUGUCUGUUUCACCUGCAACGAACUUCUAGUUGACAUGAUCUACUUCUGGAAAAAGGGAAAACUGUACUGUGGCAGACAUUACUGUGACAGUGAGAAGCCGCGGUGUGCCGGUUGUGAUGAGUUGAUUUUCAGCAACGAAUAUACUCAAGCAGAAGGUCAAAACUGGCAUCUGAAACAUUUCUGCUGCUUUGACUGUGAUUGUGUCCUGGCUGGGGAAAUUUACGUGAUGGUGAAUGACAAGCCCGUGUGCAAGCCUUGCUAUGUGAAAAAUCAUGCUGUGACAUGCCAAGGUUGUCUCAAUGCCAUUGACCCGGAAGUACAGCGUGUGAGUUACAGUGGCUUCCAUUGGCAUGCAUCACCGGAUUGCUUCGUAUGCUCCUGUUGCAGCAAGUGUCUGAUUGGUCAGAAGUUCAUGCCAAUAGAGGGGAUGGUCUUCUGCUCUGUGGAGUGCAAGAAGAAAAUGACUUCCUAGAGAAGACAAUAAUGUAAUCAUUUCAAUAUCAGGUGGAACUCUUUGAAGAUGACUUGCCCAGCAGUUGUACUUUUGCAAGAAAAAUCGCUUUUAUGCAAGUUUAUUGAAAAUGAGAAAUGCCGCUUUGCUUGAUAUAAACAUCUUCACUGCCUAAAUUCUGUUUCCUCUAUCAUAUCAACCACAUCUUAUGAUCAAGUAACUUGGCAUUUGUUUGCUGCACUUUAUAGUGAAUGUAUUGUUCUGAUGAGGAAGCCACAGUCCAGGGAUGGUGUACUGCAUUAGAAUCAAUUGCUUAUAAAGUAAAUUAUCAUUUCAGCUAUGAUUUCAUGGAGCCUUGUCGUCAACACAUUCUCUGUGUAAUGGAACUAAAAUAUCUAUGGAUUUAUUCAGUUUUUAUGGACUAAUUCUUUUUAUACCUGCCUCUCACAGCUCAAUAGUUUUCUCUGCCUAAAAAAAAACACCAACAAAUAUAACAGUCAUGGGGGGGGGGGGGGGUUUGGGUUGCCCCUCCACA